AAUAUCUUCUUCCUGUUAUCAGUGAAAACAAAAUUCUCAGAUCUGUUCAUCUCAAUCUAUCUUCUUCAUUGUUCAAAUUCCAACUAGAAUGGACUCUCUCCCUGAUGCACUUGUUCAGUGCAUUUUGUCGCAUAUGAGAAGUGGCAGGGACGUGGCUGUUUGUAGUUGUGUAUCAAAGAGAUGGAAGGAGUCAUUGCCUUAUAUUAGAAGCCUUUACUUUCCUCGUAGCUCCUUUGACAGUCACUCUGGCGGUGAGCGCCCUGACGACAUAAUCAGGAGAAUGGUCUCAAGAAUUGUUUGCUUGGAGGAACUUGUCGUGUAUAGCCCAUUCUCCAGUGCAGGACUUGCCUCAUGGCUAUCGCUGCUUCAACCGUCACUCAAAUACCUUGAACUCAGAUUGGAUAACAUUGCUGAACAACAGGCGUGUCUUGAGAGCCCCUCAAAAUUGGAUUGCAUUAGCAAAGUGAAGAAUUUGGAGUCUUUAAAGCUCUGGGGUGUGCUAAUGAUCCAAUUGCCCAAGUGGGACGUUUUCCCAAGGCUUCGAACCCUUGAAAUAGUUGGUGCAAGAUUGGAGGAUCCUGCAUUGUCUGCAGCACUGAAGGCAUGCCCUAAUUUGACUAACUUGCUGCUGCUUGGUUGUGAAGGACUUAAAAUGGUCUCAAUUGAUUUGCCUCACUUGGAGCAGUGUAAGCUCGAUUUUUAUGGAUUGGGUAACUGCUCCCUUUCUCUCAAAUGCCCAAAAAUUCGUCUCCUUGAGGUACAAGGUUGUAGUUGGAUUAGAGUCCGUGAGACUAACUGCUUGAGGCACCUGUCGAUUUCCAAUAAUGCUGGUAGAGUAUACAUGGUAGACUUUGGAAGGCUUUCAGCCCUUGAAUACUUGUCCAUGAGAGGGGUCCAGUGGUGUUGGGACGCAAUAAGCAAAAUGCUUGAAGGGGCAAGGGAGGUCAAGCAUCUCUUCAUGAAGGUUGAGUUCACUGGGGAUUUUGAGGUCCUUCAACCUUUUCCAGAAGUUGACUUUGUUGAAUUUUUCAAUAACCAUCCCAAGCUACAAAAGUUCGAUAUUCAUGGUGCAAUGUUCGCUGCCAUUUGCCAGAAAAACAGCCUGAAAAAUGUGGAAUUAGGCUUUGUGAUUCCUUGUCUAGAAGAGGUUGUAGUCACGGUUAGAUCGCCAUUGAAUGCUGAACAGAAGAUGAGCACUCUUGAGUCACUGUUGAAGUAUGGGAGAAAUCUGAAGACGAUGGUUAUAAGGAUCCUUCAGAUGAAGAGUAGCCAUAGCAGCACAGAUGAUUUCUUUGAUGAUAUUUGCAGGUUUAGAUGCAUGAAUCGCAAGAUAGUUCGAAUAGAAUAAAGCUGAUCUGGGAUAUUUUCUCAUUCUUUUCAGUUCCCUAAUUGACAGUUUUGACUGCUAAUUUCGUUGAAAAUGUGAUCAUUCUUAAGUGUCUCGUUCUUAGAGAUGCUUUCACAUUUUUAGUUCCCAGUUUUAUGUUGUUCCAGUAUUUGAUCUAGUUAAACAGGCAUAAGGGGUUUUGAUUUGUUAAUUCUCUACCAGCCGAGUAAUGCAAACAAUAGGUCAUGUAUUAGACUGGGUCAAUCCCCACUCCUUGUUGUGUACCCCGUUAGCGUUUAUUUUGA